UGUAGCAUCAAUGGUUAGUUUUGUUCAGAUUGUAAGAAUUUGUACACAUCGUAAGAAUAUUAUGGUUUGACCAUUAGAAGGAACGUGGAUUCUAUCUAAAGAUGAAAGAAGCUAUAAUAGCAAAGCUGGAUCAUUAUUGUUUAACUGAUGAAUCUCCUCAGCACGAUAAUUGUUCGGUUGGCGUCGACAAUUGGUGUGAGUGGUACAAAGCUGAAUCCAUGAAUCAAUUAAAAUCUUUCGAGCAUCCCAAUCGAUUGAUUAAUGAAGAAGUUGAGAAACACAUUCGCACAAUUUAUGAAGAUCUCUCAAACGAUAACCUUUUAACGCGAUGCUUAGGCUGUUAUAUUCAAAAUACCAAUGAGUCGUUCAACUCAACAAUUUGGCUCAUCAUUCCAAAACACCUCAAUUCGGGCCAAAAAAUCGUUGAAAUUGCUGCGUAUAUGGCUGCAGGUAUAUUCAACGAAGGCUAUUCAGCGAUUUUGAAUGUCAUGCAGUUGCUUAAUUUGAGUAUAGAUCAGCAGUGCAAAAUGUUUGCUGAUAUCGCUGACACGCAACGGAUCGAGAAAGAGAACAAGCGCCAGGCAUUUAGCAGUAAAGAGUCUCGCACAGCUCGUAAACUAUCAAAUGCAUCAAAAUGA